CAGACUGGUUAAAACUGGUCAAAGCUUUCCAUUUUAUUUCGCGAAUUAAUGUGUUAUUAUCUAUAAUACUCCUAAAAGCCUAACUCUGCUUUUAAAGCCUAAGCAAAGCUUCGGGGGGUGAAAUAACCCACCGCCCGGGUCUUUGUUCUCCCGCUCGAUUGCUAAUGUCUGGCUGCGAUUCCCAUGCAGGACACGAAGCUCCCGCUUCCCAUAGCUGACCGCUGACCAGCAAACACGCCACAAAAUCCCGUUUUUACUAAAGGUGCUGUUCGCAGUACGAUGCCGGCGGUGGUGGCGAGGCAGUGAGGCGAUGGGCUGCACCUCGGCCAAGCCGCUAUCAGCUGUACCUGGAGAAGAAGAGGGGCGGAGCAAAGCAUACAGCAAUGGAGAUGCCUUCUCUGAUGAGUACAAAAUGAAAGGCGUUGAGAAGGUGAAGUAUGCGCAUGGAGAGGAGGAGCGAAUGAACACACGCAACCAGGAAAACCUGGAGAAGAGCACACUUUUGCACAAAGGCAAACACAAAGAUGUCAGUGGAAACACUAAUAAGAUAAGCAUCCAUUCCUCAGAGAGCCAGCAGGAGUUCUUCAGGAUGCUGGAUGAGAAAAUUGAGAAGGGUCGGGACUACUGCUCUGAAGAGGAGGACGUCACAUAGCGCGGCUCGUCUCAGCUCGGCCCAGAGGAGAAACCCGUCCUACCCCGGAGUUCCUCACGCCGCCCCUUUCCUUGUCUUCCUGGCCCUCAGAGCACCACGCGUUUUCAACACGAUUCAACCCCGUACUCGCCCCUGUUUACAUUGAGCACGGCUCGGCCGCUGGGGUUCACAGUUUGGCGUUUGAGUCUUUUGAAGAUGUCUGGCAAGGAAAGGAGCGAACGCUCGGCGUGUCGGACGGACGAACCCGGGACACGGAGCGGAUUUCUGAUGGACUGUCCUUUAUCGCCCCUGCCUUACAGCUGCCCCAGCCCAUAAAUAAGCCUUCUCCAGCUCACAGACUCGAACGGAAUCGGAGAGAGAGCCAUUGCACAGACUCGCCUGGAAUCAUUUCGGCCUGCUUUUUCUGUAAAGAGGACACAGGGACCGAUGCUGCGUAUCUUAGAUCUUAGAUGAUCACGUCUUUUGAGAAUGAUAAGAAAGAGAGAGAAAUUUGAGAGAGAUUUAAGGGAGAUUUGAUGGAGAUUUUAGUGAGAUUGGUGACUAAUGUGUGUCUAAUAAAAGGUCACGUGACGUGCUAGCCCCAUUCAGAUGGUUUGACACUGAACCUCGAAGAGCGAAUGGACACAAAACCUACGGACUAUUCCUAACAUUCCAGGAGUCUUGUCUCUUUAUCUUGUUUUUUUAUAUGUUGGCAAAGUAUUUUUUCUUUUGUUCAUUUUUGAUUUUGUUACACAAGUGCUACACCAUUUCUUUAUUACUUUUUCCAGGUAUUUCUCUUUUUUAUUUUGAAGUGUAACACUGCUCAGGACUGUAGUGCUGUUAUUUCUGACUGUUAGGGGUUGACGCUUUUGGUUAGCUUCUUCAGGAUUGGAGGGGACACGUGGACACAUGGACUCAUGGACUGUAGACACAGUUGAACGACUGACAGAUGGAUAAUAGUAUUUAGGAUAACUGUGUUUAGUGGGACCAGUUAUAAAAGCAUCAUUAUGACGUCAUGUAGUUUCAAAUACAUAUGUUUGUGUUUCUGUAGUGCACCAACAGUUUGGUAUAAUAAGACUGGAUUACAGAUGUAAGCUUCACCAUCGAAGAGGGUGAAACGCAGGUUUUCUGGCAGAAUUGUUGUCCAGCAGAAGAGAGAAAGGACUGUGAGGACACUAAGUACAUAAAAGUACGAACAGAUUGAGUAAAAUUAAACUGCAGCCCUAAAGACCAAGCCUAGGUAGAUAAGAUACGGGCCAGGAGGGUUAUUUUUCUAGUAGGCAAACGUUUGUUAGUGCAAACAAACUGUGUGAAAUGUGCAAAAUGUUGAAAAGGUAGAAUUGAGAGGUAAUGAGGUCAUGUAUUUUGACUAGUUUUGAGAUUUGAGAACCUGUAAAAGCAACAUUAAUUAAUUUAUUGGGUUAAUUUAUGGGAAAAUAGCUAGAUUGUAGUACAUGGGGAAAUAUGUUAAUUCAAUUUUUUAGAAAAAAAAAAAGCACUGAUGAUAAGAAGAAAGUAGUACAGUCAGUAGCACAACAACUUAGCAGCACACAGAUGAUUUAUUAUUAGGUUUUCAUGCUGGAUAGCUAACCGGCUGCCUCUUUGGAUGAGCCAACAGUGCUAGCUGCUAGCUGCUUUAGAUAGCUAACAAUUAGCUAACAAUAACCCAGGGUGAGGCUUUUUGUUCAACCCAUUUGUGGCUUGCUGGGUCUGCAGGGCUUGGAAAAACAUCUAACAGUAAUUUUUUACCUCCUGAUACCUAAAAAAAAGAACACAGUCCUCAUACGGGGGACAUUAGUUUUGUUUUUUUUUGUACAUUUAAAAAUGAUUCUUGACAUUUGGGAUCAGAAUGACUCAAUUAGUCCAAAAACAGAAUGUUAGCUUUCUACAGUAAGUGAAUAAAUUAGUUUUAAACACAAAAUUAACU